GGGGCAACGGCGUCCCUUCGGCCCCCGGGAAGGACGCGCGGGCUCGGAUAGGCGGAGGCUCGGCUAAAGAAAGGGAACCACAGCAAGCAAAGAAGCGGGCGGAGGAGUAGCCGCUGCCACCACCGCGUCUCUUCUCUCUCGCUCUCUCUCUCCCCGCUUCUCUUGCUUCCCCGCCGCUCCCCCUUUCCGAGCAAGUUGCUUCUCGGCCCCCGUUGCAGCUCGAAGGGGCAGCGGCCGGGCGGGUCCCUGACUCCCUGCUCCCUCCUUGCCUCCGCCUAACCUUUCCCGAGAAGAUGCCGCCGCUGCCGCCGCCGCCGCGGCUGCUGUAGGGUGGCUUGCUUGGUUAACUCCUCCCCAUGUUCUUGCCGCCGGCUUCGGUGGCUCUGCUUCGCAGGCCGGGUAGAGGAUGCUGUCCUGCUCGGUGCGGGGCCGCGACCAGGGCAUCGCCGGCCGUUUCCUUCCCUGCCAUUCCGGCCCCCGGGGUUCUCCGUGCCGCAGUUGGUAGCUCCUUAGCCGAGCGAUGACUUCAAAGCAUCAGGCGGACUGGAUCCCUUACAGUGUUUUAGAUGACGAGAGCAGCAACCUGCGACAACAAAAGCUUGACAGACAGAGAGCACUGCUAGAACAGAAGCAGAAGAAGAAGCGUCAGGAACCAAUGAUGGUUCAGUCCAAUGUAGAUAGCCGCACAAGGACCCGUAGAAUGAAACAAUCUGAAGAACAAGCACCACUGGUUGAGUCUUACCUCAAUAGUAACAGCAGCGCUAUCUAUCAUGCAGUACAAGAGACUGAGCAAGAAGAUGUCAAGGUGGCAGCAGACCCACAGGCUCUGAAGUCAACUAAAAAACCCAAAGCAGCCACAGGAGGCUGUCAAACAAGCAGCACUAGGAAGGAGAAGAAAGGAAAACAAAAAGGCAUUGAUGGUCCAGCUGCUUUUCAAGAUGAAGUACAGAUAGCAGGGAGCCAAGUUCAAAUUCUUACUGUUGGGGAAUCUUGCCAUGAUGAGGAUAAUGGAGAGGUGUUAGCUACCAGCCAACAAGGCAAACAAGACCUUAGAGUAACAAUGCAGAAAAAAGGCAUUUCAAGUAGCAUGAAUUUUGAUGAAGAGGAGGAUGAGGAGGAUGAAGAUAGCUCAAGUUCCUCACAGUUAAAUAGUAAUACCCGACCAGGGUCUGCAACAAGCAAGAAAUCAAAUAAGGAAACAGCAUCAGGGCCCAGCCCUUCAACCAAUAACCCUGUAAUAGAUGUGGAUGAUUUGGAGGAGUUUGCUGUGAGACCUGCUCCUCAGGGAGUUACUGUCAAAUGCCGAAUCACAAGAGACAAGAAGGGAAUGGACCGUGGAAUGUACCCUACCUAUUACCUCCAUCUAGAAAGGGAGGAUGGUAAAAAGAUAUUUUUAUUAGCUGGAAGGAAACGGAAAAAGAGCAAAACCUCAAAUUACCUCAUCUCCAUUGACCCAACAGACCUGUCACGAGGAGGAGAGAGUUUCAUUGGAAAAUUAAGGUCAAAUCUCAUGGGGACUAAGUUUACAGUUUACGAUAAUGGAGUUAACCCAGUGAAAACAACAUCGAGUUUGGAGGCAAGUAAUCUACGCCAGGAGUUAGCUGCUAUUUGCUAUGAAACAAACGUUUUGGGGUUUAAGGGUCCUCGUAAAAUGAGUGUCAUCAUACCUGGAAUGAAUAUGGAUCAUGAGAGAGUUUCCAUCAGACCACGGAAUGAACACGAAACACUCCUCUCAAGAUGGCAAAACAAAAACACAGAGAGUGUGAUUGAGCUGCACAACAAAACUCCAGUCUGGAAUGAUGAUACUCAGUCUUAUGUUUUAAAUUUCCAUGGUCGUGUAACACAGGCCUCAGUGAAAAACUUCCAAAUUAUUCACGACAAUGAUCCCGACUAUAUAGUGAUGCAGUUUGGCCGUGUGGCAGAAGAUAUUUUUACAAUGGAUUAUAAUUAUCCUAUGUGUGCAGUACAAGCCUUUGCUAUUGCCCUGUCCAGUUUUGACAGCAAGCUAGCUUGUGAGUGAACAAAUUAUGCCUAAACUUCACUGCAGCCAAAACCAUGUGCCACUGUAAGAAGAAAACACACAUUCCACAUUUUCUCUGGUGUCAUCAGUGGUCACAUAUCCUUAUGAGGCAGGUAAAAUUUGUUUUCUGAAGGACCAACCUUUUUUGAUGAAGAGAAAAUAUUUUAAAAUUUCAAGACUUUCAGGAAUGUUUUCCCCGCUUAUUCUCUAUUUUUCUGGAAGUGGCAUCAGAGCUCUAUAAAUAGAAGUCCUAUCUUAAUGUCCUCAGUUCUGUUAUAAAGAUGCACAUAAUUGUGGCUUAAGUGAAAACACCAUUGGGAUCAAUGAUGUCUUUUUUUAAAAAAAACCCAUAAAAGCUAUCACGACACAGAUCUAGUUUUGGAUUUAAGACAUGUUCGGAGGCUGUCAGCAUACCUCAAGAUUUCAUUCACACUUUUGAGGAUUUUGUGUCACCCAUCUCAAACAUAUGACCGUGAGAAAGAUGCAAACUUUUUUCAAGAAAGAAACAAGGUAGCGUUUACUCUCAAAGCCAAGACUGAAAUUGAUUUGUGAUACUGUUUUAUGUGGGAAGGAAUCUGACAAAUUUUUAAUCCUGAUGGGGAAUGGAAUGGGGGGCGGGGGGGAAUCGGAAGCACAAGUUAAUAUUGCACAACUCACUUGUACUCCAAGGUGUUAUUUUAUAGAUUGUGUUUUAAGUCUCACUUUCUGAUGUUAGUUCACUCUUAUUUUUAAGAAGGGAAGUUUGAUUAUGCGAAGUCACCAAAUGGAUGGGAGAAAUGAUGCUGAAUCAUUAUACUAACUAAAAAUUGGGGAAUAUUCUAAAAGAAGGAAAAAAAAAUGUGCUUCAACAUGUAUGAUGUCUCAGGUCUCAUAUGUGGCAUGUUCUGUCCAAGAAAGUUUUCUGUCUUUUACCCUGGAGAACUGCUGCCCUUUGGGUAGACAUGAUUGGACUAAAAAGUUGAAGGGCUGACACUGAACAAAGUGUAUGCAUCUACUGUAAAUUAAUUGAAUGGCAUCUAAUUCUUUGAAUAAACCUGUCUUGAUAGAGCUGCCUCUUUUAAGAAAUUGUUUAGAAGAUAACUGGAACUAAUAGUGAAUGGCAUUUGCUCUUUUUCUGUCCCAAUAGAGGUAGUCCUUGACUUAUAGCCAUUCAUUUAGUGAUUGUUCGAAGAUAUGAAGACUUAUGACCAGUCCUUGCACUUACGACAUUGCAGCAUCCCCACAGUCACGUGAUAAAAAUUUGGGUGCUUGGCAACUGUAUUUAUGACAGUUGCGUUGUCCCAGAGUCAUGUGAUUGCCAUUUUCAACCUUCCCAGUUGGCUUCUGACAACAAAAAUCAAUGGGUGAAGCUGGAUUUGCUUAACAACUGCAUGAUUCACUGAACAAUUGCAGUGAUUUGCUUAUCAACUUCAGCAAGAAAGAUCAUAAAAUUGGGCACCAGCUUACUUAGCAAUGGAAAUUCUGAUCCCAAUUAUGGUUGUAAAUCGAGGUCCACCCGUACUGAAAGUUAUAUGCAGAGAAAGCUUCCAAAAACAGAAAUUAAUUGCAAUGCCUUCUUGAUUUUAAACAGAUGGGUUGAAUCAGAGCUUUUAUUUUAUUGGUGCCUUGUCCACAAACAAAGGGACACUCCACCAGGGUACCCCUAUUCAAAAUAAUAUUGGUAGCAAAAGAGAAUACUACAUGGAUAGCAAUUUCUACAGUCCCCAAUUAUACAGUCUUGACUACUGCAGAGGCUCCCUUAAAUUUUGGAGCAGAUAUGGAGGGCCUAAUGGAAUCACCUGGAGAGAUAGAAUCAGUAAACAUGAGUUUGUCUCUUCAUCUCUUCAGCCAGAAGAAAAAAUCUGCUGGAUCAAACUAUUCCUACUAAUAGAGGGAGAUGCUUCUAUCUGUAGAAGAUUUUUUCUGGAUUUAACUAUGUAUGCAUGUUUGUGCCUUUUUACUAACAAAUCAUUAUAUUUCAGAAUGCAAGCUCUGGCUUAUCUCAUUUUCUUGGUUUUUUAAAAAAAAACACGUUAAGUGUACUAAAAAUUUGAAAUCAGAAUCAGCUUUGAAGAGGAUCUGAACAUUUAGCAUUAGUUUCGUGAUUGUUUUCCACAAUAUGAUAUUGAAUGUGACUGGUAUACAUGGAAUAUAUACCAAGACUCAGCAGUACCAGAUUUGAGGGGGGGGGGAACAUACAUUUUUGGCUACAUUUUCAUUGGAUUCUACAAGGGCUGUUGGGUUAAUUGUAGCAGGUUUGCCUUUGUGUGACUUACUAAAGACAAUGUGCCGGUGCAUCCAGUGCUGAUUACAAUUUUGCUGAUGCUUACAUCAGCAUAGAAAUGCAGGUGGUUGGUCUGUGAAUCUCCCUUUUGUUUUAGAUAAUUAACAGUCCUCUUGUAGUAUGUGAACACCUCUGUGCAAAAAUGCAAUCUGUUUGGUACGCUUUGAAAUUGCCAUUCUCCCAAGUCAAAGAACAUUGAUGACAAAGAUGAAGUUAUCACUCUGUCAGUUGGAGAAAAACCUAAAAGAAAACUAAUUCAUCUAGCAGCACUUUUUGUAUAAUAACACACUUUGUGAUGAAAAGACAUGUAAGUCAGGGUUUAGUACUUACAGAAUAUGGAAUACAUGAAGAUCCAUUCCCAGAUUUUGCAGCAAUCUUUUCCUUAGGUAUAUUAAUGAGUCUUCUCAAAAUUAGAUUUAUUUAAACUAAGGCUACCAUUUGGACAACUUAUUUGAGGAUAAGCCUCCUGGCAGUUAAUAUCACUUGCUUUGAGUACUGCAUUAGAAUUGCCCCUUAGGAAGUAUAGUUAAAGCUCAAAUUUUUUGACUUGGUCAUAAAAAAUAGUCUUGUCAGUAUGAGUAUAUUAGCAUAUAUUUGGGCUAUGUCACAUUUAAACUCCUUGAAAUCGAACAGACUUCUUUUAGCUAAGAUUUAGUCAUAUUUAUCUUAAUGGGUCAAUUUUAAACCUGAUCUAAUUUGUUGUAUGAUAUGAAAUUCAGUUGUUUGGAUUACAUUCGUCCAAGAUUGAAAAGGGUUCACAAGGAGGAAUGUUUGUCUCUAUCUGGACUGUUUUAAUUUUAUGCUGUUACAUUUUUCUCUUGGUGAAUCCUUGCAAAUUGAGAUAAGAAACUUUUAGUGGAUAAGGUUUCGAAGUAUUGCUGCUUUUUUUUUUUUUUUUUUUUUGCUUUGAUUGGACACUUUUGGAAAGAAGAUAGCCUCAAUGAUCCUACCUACCCAUUAUUGGUAAUGGAUACACGUUCCCUUGUGCCAGUCUAUCUGCAGUGAUCUAGAUUUGAGGGGGGGGGGGGAGCUGCAAUCUUGUGAUUCUGAGCUACAUAUUUUAUUUUCAGUUUUUCUGACCCUGAAGAAGCAUUGUAAUGGUAACAUCAUUGGGAAGCAGGUCAGAUGGUUUUCAGAGAGUUGGAAAGUUAUUUUGGGGUAGGGUAGGAAAGUUUACCAUAUUUUUUGUCCUUUGUGGGUUUUUAUUACAAGGCAUGAUCAUAGAGGUGAGUUAAACAAUCGUAGAAAUAAUUUUCUCAUUAGUACACAGAUACAGAUACAUAUGUGUGUAGAGCAGCCUACUUACUGUUGUUACUGCUUUGGCUAAAAAGAAGCAAGCUCAGCAAUCUUUACUUUCUGAUUUGUACCCUGAAACAAUUUGGAUUAAUCUUAAAGAAAUGCAUUUCCUUCCCAAAUGAUAAGAAAACUCACAUUGAGAAUGGAAAACUGUCUUCUAUACUUUUCAAACUCUCUAUGUACUCCAUCGUGUCAAUCAUUAGACAAUCUUAAAUGCUGAUGAUGAUGUUUGGGGGGCAAACAAGCAAGGGGGCAUAUAAGCAUAGGGAUCUAAAGGGAGAGGAGGACAAAGGAUGAAAUGAGCAUCUUAAUUGAGGAUACAAACUGCCUUUUUUUUUUACAUGUUUUGUAUAUGCAUGUAUGGAAUGGAUGGAGCUUGUGUUGUGACUUUGUGAAAGUUGUUUGUUCAUUCUGAUAAAACAUUCAGAUUCCAUGGGCCACCUAUUUAGGUCAACUAGGAAUAAAAGCAUGCAUGGUAUAAAAAGUGGAUGGAAUGGAAUGUCCCCACCACUCACCCCAUUACCUCCUGGCAGGUAAGGUCAGGCCCUUUCAUUGAUGGGUCUUUAAUUCAGCACAGCAAGUAUUCCUUUAGCAAUAUGGACUUCUAUGUAACAAAUUUUACCCACAUAGAUUGUAGUGCUGAACAUUGACUAAUGUGAUUUUAAAACAUUGACUAAAUGUUAAUGGUGUGCAAUUCAUCAGACGACUGAUGGCUUGGUAGAAUAGCCAUCUGUGACCCACUUGUGAACUUUGAAACUGGAUCUUAGUAUUCUUAAUCAAUAAAGGAGAAUAUUUAAUAUAUUUAAUAUUUAAUACUCUCCUUUAUUGAAUCUUAGUCAUUUUGCAAAGUGAGAUAUUGGAUUAGAAGGACCCUGAAUCUGAGCCAGCCAAGCUUGCUUAUGUUCCCUUAAAAACAUUUCUAGAGCUUUCAGAGCAGAUUCUUUUUUCUUAUCUUGAAGUGCAUUAACCGGAUGAUCACUCCUUACAAGACCAAGACAACUUGCUAUAUAUACUCAAGAGAAUGACUAGAUAGACAUUUCUGGAAAUCAUUCUCUAUUAUGGAAAGCCUCCCAUUAAUAAAGCUUUAUGGGCUUUACAUGGAUUCUGAUUGUCCCACCCAUGAGCCCUAUUAAUGAGUCCUCCUCCUAUUGGUGAGGCUUUCCAUGAGGGUUGGGAAACUAAGAACAAUAUGUGUAAAAAUUGAAAGCAGUUUCUUUAUUGCAUGUUCUCCAGAUGGAUAAAAAUCGAUGAUUUAAAAAAUAAUAAUUAAAAAUCAGAUUUUUAAAAAAUUUAAAUCAGAUUGUAGCAUGAGGCUGAUAUUCUGCAAUAUUUACAUUUUUGGUAAACUCAUUCAAUGAAUCCAAGCUCUGCAAGCUGAGAUAACAUGCACUGCAUUGAUGCAGUCACACAAUUUCACAGUAACCAUGAGAUAAAUCAUGUUCAGGAAUAUUCCUUUAUCCCAUUGUUUUGCAAAUCUAUGUACACUAUAAACUGAAUGACUGUUUGAAGAGAAAUGCAUCUGUACCACCAGGCUCUAAGUAUGAGGAGGAAGGGCAAGCAGUAAAAAUGAAAUGAAACCUUCUAAGCAGCUUAUAAAUAUAAUACUAAAGAGCACCUGUCAUUUCAGAUUCAUCAUGGCAGCACCUGUUAGCGGGCAUCCAUUCACCUGCUGUCUGCCAUGUCCCUCACCUUGUUGUGUCACUGCCCCAUCACCAGCUGUCCCAUCAAAGUGAAUGGGACUGUCGGUGAGUCAACAGCGGGUCAGAGGAAGAGCCGCUGCGGGACAGAGAUGACAGUUGCUCUUUAAAAAUUAUGAUUUAAAUCGAGUUGAUUUAAAUCAAGCCUUUUUACUAGUGAUUUAAAUCAUGAUUUAAAUCAUGAUUUAAAUUGACUUGGUUUAAAUCAAAUCCACCCUAAUGUUCUCCCACAGACAAAAUCUUGUUGGACCAAAGCAGUCUCUGCAUAACUAUCUGAUAAAUGCUCGGAAGAAAUUGGGGAGGAUCCCUCCUGUGUAAUUUCUGCAUAGCAAAGAUUUAAGGUUGAUGCUUCUCUUUACUUCUCCCUCUUGUAACUCAGCACCAGAUUCCACCACAAUUAAGGUGGUUCCAUCUGCUACAAUGUACUAGAAGUUGUCAUGUCUAAAAAUUUCUAUGUAUGUUUUUUAUAAAAGUUCUGAUGUAAAAACACCUAAAUAGUCACAAUACAAUAAUGUCCAUACUGUAUUCAGCAAUCAAAAUAAUGGUUUCUAGUUGAAGUGUAGUACCUUCAUAGGUAGCAAACAACAAUGUUGAUUACUUUCCCAAUAUUUUGCUUCACUUCAUGAAAAGGCUACAUUUUCAUCCUCAUCAAAAGUCUCUGAGAAACUCCCAAGUCAAGGUCAGCAACCAAAUAGUAGCACUCACCCAAUUUGACCUGAACUUUUGGAAGUCUAGUGAAAAAUACUGUAGGGCAUCAGUAAUAUUUUGAAAAACUUCUUUAAUGUGAACAGGGGAAAGAGCUGUAAAAGAGUUAAGAAGACACAAAUAUUUUUGGAUGAUCAGAAUACACAUGGAUGUGUAAAUAUUUCUACGUGGUUUUAUAAUUGUAUCUUUCUUGGCACUAACUUUAGGAAUUCAAGGAGUUGCUGUAGUAUUUCAGUUUUUGCCUAUUUUAUUACUGAAAAUGAGAAGUGAAAUGGAUGUUCGCACCACAAUGUUAGAAGCACUUUUGUUAAGGAAUUAUGUUUAGUCACGGCAAAAAGCAGAGUGCAGUGAAUAAAGCCUACAAUAUAAUUUCACCUCUUCUUCACACUGCUCAAACUCUGCCAAAGUUCCAUAUAUAUUAUGUAGAACUGGAAUAAAGCACAUCAAGAAGGUUAGCCAGAAAUGCUCUAUACUUUCUUGAGUCAGGAUAAUUUGUUAUCUUUGCUUAGCUCUCUUUGUAGACAUUUAAUAUUCCAACUGCAGAAAUACCAAGGUGUUUGUGUAAAUGUCAGGAUAUGAAAGAUUAAGAAGGCGUAGCAUUGCGGCACCAUCAGAAUGAAAAUGAAAAGCAAAUAAAUUAAAACCAGCUUGUAAAACAUAUGAGAAAUUAUAUUUCAUUUCCCCUUUCUUAUAGUGUUCUAAGAAUUAUUGUUUAAUAAAGUUUAUGCUGCAACUUGUUCAUACCUUUUUCUUGAACCCUGAGACUGCUAUUCUAACCACAGAGAAAAACCUAAAGAAUACUCUUCGUAUUCUCUUAGUUCCCAGAAAAUAUUUAUACAACUUUAUUGAUACUCUAGUUCUGCUUUGUCAAGUAGAUCCGUCCCAGAGAACAAGAUAGCAUGUUUUGUUCCAGAUACUGUUUCCAAAGAAAAAAGUCAAAAUUCAGAUUGGUACUUACCAAAAGAAACAUUCCCAAUACAUUUCUCUGCUUGUUUUUUUAAGAGGUAAGCCUCUCUAAUGCAACAUGGUUUUAGAUCUCAAAAGAAGCCAGAUAUUUGGUUUAAACAUCACUUGAAAUCCAAAGUGAACAAAAGAUACCAUGGUUUAGUGCUAUUAAUUGACUCUGGUUCUGCAGGACCUGGCAUGCCAGGGGAAGAUGCCAAUCAACUAACAUACCCCUGAUGUGAGCUGAAUUGAAACUCUUGUUCAAAGCAGGCAUAUUUGGAAGCUAAAGAUAUCUGAUUCCCAUCAAUGGUUUUUUUUUUUCUUAUAACAUUUCUCUUUAUUAUUUUUGUUUGUUUUUUCUUUAAAAAGAAAUUUUUUAAAAAAGUCUCUUUUUUAAUAUUUUCAUUUCAGACUUGGCCCUGGUGUAAAGCUUAUUUUAUGUAUAUAUACAGUAUAUAACUGUACGCAUGUAUAUGUAUUGUUUUCAAUUUUUUUGUUUUUGCUUCUUGUUUUCUUUUAAUAAGAAAAAUUGUGAUAACUGUUCGCAUUCCUUACGUUAGGAAAUGUGAAAAAAAUCCAUUCUCAUGGGCAAAUUAUGGCAGUUCCAUGGAAUGCAAGUUUAUUCCUUUUCUUUCUCUCUCUCCCUCUCUUAUUCUGAUCUCUUCUUCAGUUUCUCUUGGGUUUCACUUUCCACAGUCCUCAUUAGAUGAGGCAUUGGCUGUUCUAGAAAAUGAGAGGCGGCAUUUACAUUUGUAGGUGUACAAAUAGAUACUAUCCUUUCAUUGGAAUUAUUUUUUAAUUGAGAAAAACCCAUUGCAGCUACUUUUAUUGGUUAAUCAUUGCAACCACUUUAUUAUUUUUAACACAUACAUUAUCCUAUAAAGCUAACAACACAAGCUAUGUGCCUGUGUGUAUAUCUCCGACACAAGGUUUUUCUCUAUUCUACUGCUUUCCAGGUUUUGGGAUAGAGACUUUGUUAUUCGCAGAUAGUUGGGUUAAAGGCAUUUUGAGAAUUGCAGUUCAACAUAUUUGGGUGAGGUUCAUGUUGGCUGUUAUAAAUUCACCCAGAACAAUUUUCCUAGUUACACAACAUUUUCCUUUUUAUGACAUUUUCUAACAAUAUUAAUGCAGUUCUUCACUGGAGGGAUAUUUGCCCUUCUACUAUUCACUUAGAUUCAAUCUUCCUGAAUAAAUCCCUGAAUUUUAACUAAGCCAAAAUCAAACUUUGUAUAUGUCAAUGUUAGGAAUAAAAUGGGUUAAUGUAAAAUAACAUGAUCUCUGGCCAUUUUGAGUGGGGCUGAUUUGGUUUGGAAUCGUAACAUUACAUAGAGGACCACAGAAUUCUAUCCCUGAAUUAUAGUAUAUUUCAAAAGUAACAUGAACAUUCCUAGUAAUGUCCUUGUUUGGCAUUGUGGCUGCUUUUCUGUUUAGACUUUCAUUGAUUUGCCAAAAAAAAAAAAAAGAAAGAAAAAAAAUCAAGCACUGUUUGCUUUGAAACCCAUUACUAGUGCAUCAACAAUUAUCUAUCAUUGUAAAUAAUCUCCUGGUACUCUGCAUAUAUUUAGUUCUGAAGAGCAAAGUAUGAUUCAGUGCAUAAGUGGCUUGCAGAUACUAUAGCACUUGAUGGAAACACUUGAAAGCAAUUGCAUCAUUUUCUGGGCUCAUGCCACUGUCUCUUAUAACCGGUGUACAAAACUAGAAAAGACAAGUUGAGAUGGUACAAAUGCACCAAAUCAUGUUUGCCCUGGUUGCAUAGCUCAAAUAUCUAUAUUUUGGAUUUAAGUGGCUAAGGAACCCACUAGAAACCAUGAGACUUGAGUUCUAGUCUUGCCUUAGUCAUGAAAAACCAGCUGGUUGGUUUCUCAGGCCAGCUCACCUGACAUGGUGCUAUGGGGAAAAUAGGAGGAGGAAGGAAUAGUUGUAUGUUCACUGCCUUGAUUUAUUUAACAAGUCCUACUUGUUACAUAGUUUUUGAGAUGCUUGUUUUAUUAAGUGGAUUCCUUAGCGUAUGGGGGCUUCAACUGAUAAAACAUAAAAAGAGGUAUUGGAUAGCAAUUUGAUAUUGCCAUCUUUUAAGUAUGAAAUUUUGGGAGGUCAUGACCUUCAAAUGUAGCCUAUAGUACAGACGGCUAGACUUGGUAACAUUUCCUAGAGAGUAAUUGUUAAAAUCUGCAUCUAGUGAAGAGUAGGUUGAAGUAGAGUUACUCUUAUUCUGCCAUUCGUUAGCUCUUAUCGCUCCUUCUCCCAAUAUAUUUCUUUUACUCUUGCUAGAAAGCUUCUAGAAGAGGACAAAAUCAUCACGAUCUUCGUGAAUAUCAUGAUCUCUCAUCUACAUGGCCAAUUUGUAUAGAGAUUUUUAAAAUUAGGACUAGGAUCAAAUGUUGCCCAUUCUGGUAUAUAAAUCCGUGAAAUGAUCAAGAUAUAAUAGCAGAUUAAUGAGGGAGGUUUUAUUACCUCCCUCAUUAAUCUGCUACUGUAUCUUGAUCAUUUCACGGAUUUUUAUUAUGAGGGAGGAAAUUAUUACAAAUUCCUACAGAAUUUUCAAAGUGCCAUUAGGAAGCAAGAUUCUGCCCUCAAAAUUUGCAGGAGAAAUCAACGAACUUGCUUUGAAGGACUUCCCGUUUUCACUCAAUUCUGAUUGGUUUUUAUGUUUCUAUUCCCCUCCUUCCAUCCCCAUGCGCUUGUUCAUUGUAUAUCUAGUUAUCAGUGAAGAACUGCACUUCCUUUACAGUGUUAGAUUUCCACUCUGUCUUUUCUCCAGGAGCUCCUUUGGGUGUGAUGCUUUCUUUUCCAGUUUUUCUCAUAACAAUACCCCUGCAAGGUGGAUGAGGUUGAGAAGAAGUGCCUGGCCUAAGUGGCACUGGUAGCUGAGUACCUGAAAAAGUCUUGAAUCCAUAUCUCGCCAACUGAUAUCCAACAAUGUAAAACCACAGCAUUAUGCUUUGCAGCCGGUUAAGGCAAAAGCAAUGGGGAAGCAGCUUUGGCCAAUUGACUAUUGUCUGUAAUAUAAAGUUGGCCAUUCUCUUGGCACCUGGGUUCUAAGGAAUAAAUCAUUGUCUUGCACAUUGGCAAAGAACGGUAUAGGGAAACCUAUGAAAGAUCCAAACUUUUUUUUUUAUACAUGAUACAGGAAACAGGAAGAACAAAAAAAAAUGUAGUUUUCCUGGGCUAUUGCAUUAAUGUUUUACAAACCAAGGAAAAACACAUGAAAUAUGGGGUUUUUUUCCUGUCCCCCCCCAAAAAAAAAUGCUUAAAAAUUGCAAGUUCAACAGAUGCUGCCUGACUCUGUUUAUGGAGCUUAAUUUAGGAAGGCUGUCAUCCUACUACUCUCUUUUCAAAGAAUGAUUUGUUGGUCUCACAUCAGAAGAGACACGUCUUUGAUUGCCCUGUGCAAAAAAGAAAAAGAAAAACCAGUUAUCUAGUCAGCCUACCGGCAAGGCAAAGACUUCCUUAAAUAGUUUUUAGCUGGAAAAAAAGAGGGAUGAGAAGAAGUUGUUCCUAUUCUGUUAAUGUGGCAAGAUUUUGUUUAAUUUUCUGGACAAAGGUCCCAGUUUUAUCCUGGGCCACCAUGACUGGUCUGUAAAACGAUUCAGGUGAUGGCAAGACAGCAACAAAGAGGUAGAGUUUUCUCUUUUUUACCAUCUAGUGAUCGUCAGUUUUGUACUCCUGAUCUUAAUAGUAUUUAUUAAGUAUUAUAAUGGGAGAAUGAGCCACAUUUAAUACAGCAAAAUUCACUUCUCAGCAGGCAUGCAAGAGAAACUGAUAUCUUUGCUUCUUUUAGAUGGAGCUGUUGUUCUUUUCUUUUUUUCUCCUCUGUUGAUGUUAACUCUGGGCCAUUGAAUGUGUCUGUCAUUCCCAGAUUUGGGCUAUACACGUUUCUCAGCCCCUCGAGAAAAUAUAAUGGAAGACCAUAUCAAAGAAAGCAUGAUUUGGAUGUCUUGUUUGAUUGGACCUAAAGAAUGAUGAUUGUUUUGUGGCUUGAGAAGUAGAAUACAUGCAAUUGGAUCAAUGAGACAGAGAAAUAAGUGUAUAUUUUUUUAAAACUGCAUGAUGUGCUUUGCAAGGCAUUCAACAGCCAUGUCCUACCCUCCGAAUUCUGGAACAUUGACAAGUGUGCCACAAACACUGAAUAAGCCAGCUGCCUUUUCUGUUUUGUGUUUUUUUUCCAGUCUAACUGAAACCUAACUCAGGAGAAUUUAGAAUAGAAAAACAGGGCAAGAAGAACGAGCUGUCGCCUUCAUUAGCACUAUAGCCUUACUGGCAUGUACCUUUGACUCCUAAUUCCAAACAUCCCAAACCCUGCCCUUGUUGCAUUUAAUUUUAUAACUUAGGCUGGUUGGAAGGUUGGCCAUGGAAAAUCUUUCAAAUUUAGACUUCACAAAUGAAGCACCAAUUUAAAAAUAUUUCUUUUUCAUGGACUGACUCUAGACUUGAAAAAGCAUUAUCGGGGCAUUUAAGCUCUAAACCAGACUUUGACACAUCUGAUGUCUUCUGCAUGCUCUGGUUUGUAACUCCCAGUAUUAGAAUGAAUAAAAGUCCCAUCUGUUUUACACCCAGCAACAUCUUACAACUUCCAAAUCUCUCAUGGCAGGGGUGAACACUGCCAAGUUCACCAGCCAUCUAAAAAUACUGGCUCUUCCCUUUCAGAGGAAAGAGUCUGUAACAGGGACAUUUGGGAUAUUAACCAAGGCCAGCCAACAUGCCUGGGCCCUUGCUUUCACAUUUCUCAUUCCAGGCUUCCCUUUAGAUUGUUGGCCUACAAUUCUCUUAGAAGACAUUUUGAGAAAACUGGCAAGAGCAUUUCCACAUUUUCUCAAACAUUAUCAAAAUUUGGGGGUUCCUGGGAAAAGUUAUAGCUAAACUCUCCUCCUCUCUCAGUGCUCACAUCACCCCUUCAAAAUUCAGUAAGAUUUGGAGCGUCAAUUUUUUUUUUUUUUUUUUGGUGCCUCAUUAUCAGAUGCCAUCUGUAGAGGACGCAUCUAUACAACACUCAAGAAGUUGCACCAUUAUGGUUAACUGUUGUUCUUUGGCUUGAAAAAUGGCAAGCAAUGAACAGGUAGAUCAGGGCUGUCAAACUCGCAUCAUCACGGUGUUGUCACGUGACAUAUCAUGACUGUUUUCCCCUUCGCUAAACCAGGCACGGGCGUGGCCAGUGUGUGACGCAUCCGGCCCGCAGGCCACGAAUUUGACAGCCCUGAGGUAGAUUAUAAAUUCUAAUUAUGACUGAGGCAAAAGCUGCCAGGCCAAAAGUCUGAUAUUCAGUUACUCUGAAGGGUCCAUCCCAUCACAAACUUGAAUGGUUGGUAAAAUAUAGAAAAUAUAUUGCUAGUAGGCUGCAGACAAAUGUGUAGCAUUGAAGGCAGAAUAUUUAGAUUUAACUGUCUCCUCAAAAAUAUGUAUGUGCAUAUAUAUAUUUUAAAUGUCAGCUGGCUUCAAAGCAGAACCUGGAGUGCAAGUGAACAAAAUUUGCUAGCAAUGCUUUCUCUCAUGGCUAACACAUUCUAAUUCAUCACUGUGCCUUUCUUAAAACAAACCAAUGAUCAUUCUAAUAGAUUUUGACCACGUUCCUGUCUCAAGUUGUUUUAACUGGUGUUUGAGUUAAGGAGGGAGGGAUAUGGGGGUCUAAGAACAAUUAGGAGUAAGAACAAAUAUUUAAGCAGUUGUAUUUUUGCAUAAAGCUUAGAAUGUGUUAUGUCAAUUUGCACAAGACUGUCUUGUCCUGUUUAAGCAGUCAGGCAUUCUUUCGUUUGUUUCAAACUCUAUAGAAUUUUAGAUAAAUCUGAGAAAAUGUGGUUUUAUGAUGCCGAUUUUUUAAAAAAAUACUUUGGUAUUUCUGAAGCAAAUGUAUUUAUUUAUGUGUAUAACUAAUUUGGUAUUUUCACAUAAUUUACAUUGUGUAUGUUGUAGAGAUUACAGUAUAUGUCAAUACAGAAAAUCUGUGCAGAAAAAAUUAAAACUUGAAUUUGUUUCAAA